AAUUUCGACAUAAGCUGUUCUUGAACGCAUACCGAAUACUGAUUACCGAUGAGCUAAAACUUAUAGUUUUAUAAUUGUAUAGAGCUCUUUGAUCAGUAGGGUGAGGUGAUUUAUGCAGUUAUAGUAUACUUAACAGAAUUUAUUUGUUAUUAAACAAUUAAGAUUUACUGAUUCUAUGUGUUAAAUGUUAUUAAUGUUUGGAUGCGUUUAAAAUAGUAAAGUUGGUUGGCAUGGCUCGAGAGUAUAUCAUGGAAGUGAAAUUAAAUUAGGUGUGUUUGGAUCCGUAAAAUACUCCAUACAGCUAAUAUAUUACAUAACUCACCAAAAUGUUUUCUAAAAAAAAGAAGAAGCCUCUGAUUUCACCACCAAGUAACUUUGAACACAGAGUCCACACCGGCUUUGAUAAGAGUGAGGGAAAAUUUGUGGGUCUGCCUCUUCAAUGGGCUUCUCUUGUUGGCAAUAACCAGAUACUGAAGUCAACAAAUCGCCCUUUACCUUUAGUCGAUCCCUCAGAAAUAACACCUACCGAAAUAUUAGAUUUAAAAACUAUAGUGCGCGGAGACCAUAGAGCCUCUUCAGUGGCCACUGUUUCUAGACCAAUAUCAACUAAUCCUAUGACCCAGCCCAUACAAAAUGGCGUAGUUCUUCCGAAAACAUCAAAUGUCGCCAGAUCAAAUUCGCUAAGAAGCACAAGUCCGCCUAGAAUAAGGCGAGAUUUUCGCAACCACCCAAAUAUACCACCGUCUGUACCUGAAGAGUCCCCACAAGUUCCCGCACCCCCACAAUACCCAAGUUUGAGACGGGAACAAAGCAACUUCUCCAUAAAUAAACCCAUAUCAGAUUCACCCGUUGAAUGGUCGCACUCACACGAAGCGACUGUAAGGAAUCUUAGUGAAGUCAAUGACAAUCAACAGGCGGCGAUGACAUAUCAGAAUAUUCAGAAUGCUAAUGUGCCUUACCAACAUAAUCACCCACCACUACCUAUUCCAGGACCUCACACAGUUAAUGGAAACAAUAAUCUAGGGGACGGCUAUCCACAAUCACUUCGACCACAGCAACCUGGCCCUCCACAUAUACCAUUAGGAGAAUCAAAGCAUGAACUGAGAUUGACUCAUGAACAGUUCCGAGCUGCUCUUCGCCUGGUGGUGAGUGAGGGUGAUCCUCGUGAGACGCUGACGGGUUUCACUAAGAUCGGUGAGGGCAGCACCGGGGUGGUGUGCGCCGCUACCGACACUCGCACCAGGAGACGGGUCGCUGUCAAGAUGAUGAACCUGCUCAAACAACACCGCAGGGAACUGUUGUUUAAUGAAGUGGUAAUAAUGCGCGACUACCCUCACCCUAACAUAGUAGAGAUGCAUGCUUCUUACCUGGUGGGUGACGUGCUAUGGGUCGUCAUGGAAUACAUGGCGGGCGCGUCUCUAACACAGAUAGUUACACGCUCUAGAAUGGAUCCAGAACAGAUUGCAACUGUGUGCAAACAGUGUCUUAAGGCACUAGCGUUUCUACACAGCCAAGGCGUUAUACACCGAGAUAUUAAAUCAGAUUCAAUACUGCUGACAUCGGACGGUAGAGUUAAACUAUCCGAUUUCGGUUUCUGUGCUCAAGUAUCUCAGGAAUUACCGAAACGAAAAUCUCUAGUGGGGACGCCAUAUUGGAUGUCCCCAGAAGUGGUAUCCAGACUUCCGUAUGGACCGGAAGUUGAUAUUUGGUCUUUGGGUAUCAUGAUCAUAGAGAUGGUUGAUGGCGAACCGCCUUUCUUCAACGAACCACCACUACAGGCUAUGCGUCGUAUCCGCGACAUGCCGCCUCCUCGGCCCCGCGGUCUGUCGCGCUGCCCGGCCGACCUGACAUCUCUCAUAGAGUCAGCGUUAGUGCGUGACCCGUCCGCCCGCCACUCCGCUGCACAUCUCCUGCAUCACCCGUUCCUGCGACGAGCGGGACCACCCGCCAUCCUCGUGCCGCUAAUGCCGCACGGCAACUGAUCGCCUCCACGCCUAACUCUUAUAUAUAUUGAUGAUUCUAAUUGAUUAUGUAGACUAACCGGACAUGUGACCUUGCCGCUCUUCAUACCAGUGAAAAAUGAAAAAUUUUACUCAGAAUAUGAAUAUUGUACACCAAAAUUAAGUGUUAAGUUUUGCCAAUAUUUGAAUGCUCAUGUUAUUAUAGAAGUGGUAAAAAAUUUAGAAGAUAAUGAGAUUUUUAAUGCUAGUUUAUUAUGAAACAUUUUAUUUUAAACCAUUCCACGUUCAAAGCUUUCAUUCCUUUUGUAUUUAUGACUUCAAACAUUUUAAGUCUAUUGCUAGUUGUAUUUAAUGUACAGGUAUGUUGUAUGUACCUUUUGAUAUUUAUUGUCGGUUAAAGAUAGUCUUCACCCCGUCCAUACAAUAAUAUUGUUAAAUGAAAAAUAAAAAUUCUAUGUAGUGAUCGGAAAUGUAUCGGAUCUUAUUGUCUUUCUAUGUGCCAGGUGUGUGUGCCUCAUUAAAUUAAUCAGUAUUAUAGAAUUGGCUAAAUUUGUACUUAUAUUGAUUAAAAUUGUUUAAUAUGUUAUAUGGCGGUUAUCAAGUUCUAUUAACGAGUAGUGUAGUGCAAAUGUUUAACACUUACUUAUAAGUUUUUUUUUUUACCAAUUUUUGUGUUUACAUUCCAAAAUUAUAUUACUUUUAUAUCUAUAUUUUUUCUAUCUUGGUGUUACAGUUAAUUAAAAAAUCAUGACUGAUCGUGAGCUAGAAUGGAAGUUGUAAAAGAAAAAUUAUUAUAACUCUUAUAUGGCAAUGUAUAUAAAUGUUGCCAUUGUUAUUUAUUUUUGUGUGAACCAAUUGGUGUAAAUAAUUAAAUAUCUUUGUUGUAUUCCAAAUAUAUAUUAAUAUUUGUAUCGGACCAUAAAUCAUCAAAAUACGUAACACACUGUCAUUAAUUUUUCUGAGAAUAUUAUUUAUUGUUUUCAUUAUUUAUUUUGUUUUAUGUGAAACAACUGUUUAGAAAAAUAUUCAAAUCAUUCCAUAUAUUCUUGGACCCAAAUGUAAAGGCAUAAAAAUAGUAUCAAAUGAUAGAUUUAUUAGGCUUUUCCAAAAAAAAAAAAUAA